AUGGCUCAAUUUGUGAAACCAAGCCAGUAUGGCUUACCAGAAUCCCCUUCUGCCCAAAAGCUCACACCACUGGACAUGAACAUGCCAAGAAUUUACGGCGCCAGGUGGAUACUGUGCUUUCCGCUGGAAACUGACGCCCACUACCACGAACUGUAUGAGAAGUUGAGAAUCGGACUUGCCCACACCAUCCACUCCAUCCCUUGGAUCGCUGGUGUGAUUGGACCCGAAGAAGGAAGUGAAAUAUCGAACAAUAAAAUUCAGAUCGUGGAGUCCUUAUCAGGCCUCAGCUUUUCGUCAGUGCAUAGCCUUUCAUCUCUUGAGAACAUCACCACUUACACAACCACUAGCUAUCGAGACCUUACAGACGUUCUUCCACCCUAUGAGGACCUUAAAACGAACGGUUUCCCACUUUCGAAACUUUCAACCGACGAACUAGGCCCAAUCGGACUGAUGGUAGAACCUCCGCAACCAGUGAUGAAGGCACAGGCCAAUUUUGUCAAAGGCGGGCUCUUCCUAUCAGUAGGCAUCCAUCACGCAGUGGGAGACGCCACGGCUCUUGAGACUAUUCUCGGCACUUGGGCACAGAACACAGCCGCAGCUAGCGGUUGUGGCCCUUUUAGCACUUAUGACUCCCCAUCGCACGACCGUGAGCCCCUUAUGAAAGGGAUUUCCGGAGCACCCUUGUCCGAUUUUCCAGAGUACCAAUUGAUACCAUCAUCCGAACUGCAACCACCUCAGAUGCCUGCUCAGCUCCCCUCACUAGUGAAUCACGUCUUCUGCUUCUCCCCGCAGACGCUUACUGAGCUCAAAGCUUCCGCCGCUGCUUUCUCGACCAACGACGCACUUUACGCUUUCUUGUGGAACAGAAUGACAGUCGCCCGAUUCACCGGUGGCGCCUCCUCUACCCAGCACGACAUCAAGAAUACAUCUUCUUCGAUUUGGUAUGCUAUCAACAUUCGCAGCCGUACAAGUCCACCGCUACCGCCAACGUAUCUAGGCAAUGGAUCAAUGUGCACAACGACGGAGCCACUUGCCGUGUCUACCCUACUCGGUGGUGACGGGCUGACACAAGCUGCCACUACCAUUCGCAAGUCGGUGGUUGCAUUCAAUAAGCCUAGCAGAGUGCCUUUGACAAUCGGCCUUCUUAGUUCCAGGCCUGACCCAACAGAUUUCAAGCUCUCCUUCAACGCUUUCCUUGGACCAAACAUCGUUGCCACCUCUUGGACUGAUGUAAACGUUUACGAAAGAAACUGGGGUGCACUAGGUUUCAUUGAUUCCAUGAGAGUCCCGGGCGAGGGCUCAGAUGGUACUCUCAUUGUCCUGCCAAGAUUGAGAGACGGCAGCUUGGAGGCUGUUGUCGGGCUAGAAUCAGAGGCGAUGAGCAGACUUCUCGCUGAUGAACAGUUCAACAAGAUCGCAAAACGGUGCGCUUAG